AUGUUCAUUAUCAACUCAUCAAAUGUUGAAAUCAGCACCUGUCUCUUAGUUGGGAUGCCAGGACUAGAAUAUGCACACAUCUGGAUGUCCAUCCCCCUCUGCAGCAUGUAUCUUGUUGCUAUUCUGGGAAACUGCACCAUUCUUUUUAUCAUCAAGACAGAGCCCUCCUUGCACGAGCCCAUGUACUACUUCCUUUCCAUGUUGGCCCUGACUGACUUGGGUUUGUCUUUAUCUUCUCUUCCCACCAUGUUGAGGAUCUUCCUGUUCAAUGCUCCUGAAAUUUCUGCCAAUGCUUGCUUUGCCCAGGAAUUCUUCAUUCAUGGAUUCACAGUAUUUGAAUCCUCAGUGCUCUUGAUCAUGUCACUUGACCGUUUCCUAGCCAUUUAUAACCCUCUGAGAUACAGCUCCAUCCUUACACCUGUCAGAGUUGCCCAAGUAGGAAUGAUAUUCUUUAGCAAGAGUAUCCUCCUGGUUCUGCCAUUCCCCUUCAUUUUGAAAAGCUUGAGAUAUUGUAAGAAAAGCCAAUUAUCCCAUUCCUAUUGUCUCCACCAGGAUGUCAUGAAGUUGGCCUGCUCUGACAACAGAAUUGAUGUCAUCUAUGGCUUUUUUGGGGCACUCUGUGUUACGGUGGACUUUCUGCUCAUUACUAUGACUUAUAUCCUGAUCCUCAAGACUGUGCUGGGAAUUGCAUCCCGAAAGGAGCAGUUCAAGGCCCUCAAUACUUGUGUUUCACACAUCUGUGCAGUGAUCAUCUUCUAUCUGCCCAUCAUCAACCUGGCCAUUGUCCAUCGCUUUGUCCAGCAUGUCUCUCCUCUCUUUAAUGUUCUCAUGGCAAAUGUUCUCUUACUCGUACCUCCUCUGAUGAACCCUAUUGUGUACUGUGCGAAAACUAGGCAGAUUAGAAUGAGAGUUGCAGCAAAAUUAUGUAAGAAGGAAGUACAAUUAUAA